ACACCAUAUCAACUAAUAGGCAGCAGUAGCAGUAGCAGCAGUGUGUGUUUAUCAGCUCCGAGAUGGUGAAGAAAAGCACCCAUGUCACCUUACUGACGUCACCCAGCAGGCUAAUUGAGGACACUGGAGCAGGGUGGGGAGGGUGUGGGCGGUUGGGAGCAGUCAGUGUGUAUAUUCAGGAGAGCUUUGCAGCAUUACGUUUAAUAAAUAUGACACAUAAUGCACUGCUCGGGUGCUAUACAUGAAGGAGAAUGGAGCCAACUCUGGCGAUAAACACGGGUUAUAUCCAUCCACACCCUGUCUAAUACAGCAGGGUGUGGCGGAGGAAAAAUGCACGCAGCGUGUUCGAACUGAUGUGAAUUUCCACAGAAGGAGCAUCAUCACAAAAACCACCUAUCUGGAAGAAUGUCAACGCAACACUGACACAUUCAGCGGUGAAAACUGGCCUAAUACCACAAGUGAUACAUGAUUAAUCUCCUCGUGUGUUCGAUGUAAUCCAGUUCUCACACUUUAACAUCUCCAAAUUCCAGAUUUGAGCUGCUCUAUUUUCUGUAUGUGUAUUUAAAGAGCCCUUCGACAAUGUCGACUACGUUUCCCAUGAACCCGCACACCGGAAGUGGAAGUAUAAGGCGGAAGCAUGAGAAGAGUGAGCCGACAGUCCUGUGAGGAUGGUCCUCUGUUGGAGGAGCAGGAGACCGAGGGGAGGAGGCAGCUGCACAACCUCCUGCUGCAGCAGCUCCACACCAACGUCAAUAUCGACAAAUGCGUAGCCAAGAGGCAGUGCUUCGCCCCAGCAGCUCUGUAUCGUCCAUUUGGAGAGCAGGCAGCCGGAGUCCAGAGCCUGUCCCAGUUUCAGGCUCUGCAGGAUGGACAGAAGGAGCUGGACGGCCUGCGGGAGCUGGGCCUCACUGACGCUGAGAUUCAGCUGUGGCAGAGCAGAGAUGACGCAGAGGCAGCCAACAAAGCCCACGGUGUGUGUGCAGCUCCUGGGGCCAGGCAGGAGCGUCUGCAGGUCAUCAGAGACAAGAUAGAAGCCAGGGCACAGCUCCUGUCCCGCCCCCAGCGCUUCGCCACCAGCCGCCCACUGUCACGACGCGAGAUGGAGAUCGAGCGAGCGCUGUUCCAGGGCAGCGACCGCUUCGGAUUCCUGACCGCACUUUACCACCAAGGUGCAGAUGAGCAGGCUGUCCAGCAGGGGGCGUCGUCCUGUCCCUCCAUGGACUCUGUGUACAGAACCGUCCUCAGUGAGGACAGAGCAGCUUCACCACACCGUCCACAGCAGGACGCCUCCCAUCUGUCCACGGACACUAGUGCAUCUGACCAAUCACAGACCAGCACCGGCCUGUUAGCGGACUCACAGAGGGACGACGUCCAACCAGAGGCAGAAAAGAGCACCGGUUCAGGACACUUCCAGUCAAACUCAGACCAAUGGGACGAACUGAAGCAGCAGCCACUGGCCACGCCCACACACAUUAAUAUAAGCCAGCCAAUCGGCAGCCUGUGUGGAGCGGGGAAGGCGGGCUCAAACGGCCCGCUUACUGUCAGAGGAGAGAUUGAGAGCAUUUCAGAUGAAGAAAUCCUAUCAAACCGCGAACCAGACGAAGGAAUCCGCAGCAUCGCCAGGUUCCGAAACUACCAUCCAGGAAAACCCUCCAAGGUGCUGUGUGUGAAGAACCUGAGUGCACAGGCGUCAGUGGCCCAGCUGGUGGCGCUGUUCUGCAGGUUUGAGGAGGAGAACGAUCCACAGAUCCUCUACCGUCUGCUGACCGGAAGGAUGAAGGGCCAGGCCUUCAUCACCCUGAGAGAUGCUGAAACGGCCCAGAAAGCACUCGAGCUGGUCCACGGAUACCGGUUGCUAGGGAAACCUCUGGUGGUUGAGUUUGGCCGCGAGCGUCAAGAAGAGGAGAAACAGAAGGAGGAUCAAGUGCAGAAGGAGGAAAACAGCGACAGGAAAAAGGAUGAUUCCUGACAGAAACACAGAUGCUCCAGACCUGAGACGUGCAGUCUGUGUGCGGUGUAAUUCUUCUGAAUGUUCAAAGCCGUCAUCCUGCCAGUCUGACGUCAACACACGUCUGCAUGUCGCU